AUGGCAGACGGUGGAAUCGAGCUCUCUGCCUUGGGGCCUGGCGGUCGCGCCACCCGGACGCGCGAGAGGUCCGAGGAGCGCCACGAUGCGGGCUCCUGCGUGCUUCCCCUGUUGGUGAUUUUGUUUUUUCUCCUACUCUUCUACAAGCUCGCGACUUCCUCCCUCCUCUCCCGCUCGUCCUCCUACCUCUCCGACGCGGCUGCGCACGCGGCGGGUUCACCGGUCUCGGUUUGCGUCAGCAAAACCUGGCCGAUCUACAACCCGCUGGAAACGUACAACUUCUACACCAAGUUGGGUGUAUGUACACCCGAGACCUUCGAGUACGCGCCCAUGACGCUCGGCCAAGUGCUGCGCGGGGACCGCCUGAUGAAGAGCGGCUACGGCAUUUCCUACGGCGUCGCUGAGGACUCCCCGCGAACAGUUUGCUCGAUGACGCUCGACAGAGAGCGGCUCGCUUCCUGGCGAGACUUCAUUGACCAGAACUACUUUGUGGAAAUGUACGUCGAUGAACUGCCGAUCCACGAACCUUUCGGCCUGAAGGUGAAGCAGGAACGCAGGGCCGAACCCUCCGAGAAGUCGGAAGAAGACAAAGACGAAACGGCGGCCGCGAGUCCAGAAUCAGACAGAGCCACGCGAUACCUCGUCAGAAAACACCUGGCAUUUCUCCUCGGCUACAACGACGGUCAGGUUGUGCAGGCCGAGAUCGAGAACACCAGCCUCGACCAGGACUUCGUCGACAUCACCGAACCGCCCCCGCCUGGAGAGACACUCGCGGUCGACUUCACGUACACCGUGCGCUGGCAAGAUCGCCCAGACAUAAAGCCGGCGUUUCGGGUGUCUAGACAGCUCUCCUCGCCGUUCGCGCCCGUGUCGAGCGACGAGACUGAGCCCAAAACGCCCUCGGGACAGCAGAAGCGGCUUUCAGUCGACGUGCACUGGCUGGGCAUCCUGAACUCGUUCGUCUUCACUCUCCUCAUUGUUCUCCUCCUGACCGUUCUCCUCCUCAGAAUUGUGAAGGCCGACCUCCACAACAUGAUGUUCCGACUGGCCGACGAGGAAAUGGCCUCCGCAGGACUGGAGGAAGAAACAGGGUGGAAGCUCUUGCAUGCAGAUGUCUUCCGCCCUCCGCCACAUCGAAUGCCGCUCUCUGCUAUGGUCGGCUGUGGCGCACACCUGUUGAUGUUGGUCCUCGCCACCAUUGUGGUCGGAUGCUUCACGCCUUAUCUUGAGAGAGGCGAACUUCUCUCGUGCAGCCUCUUGUCGUAUCUCCUUACCUCGUUUAUUGCAGGAUACAUAAGCUCGAGCACGUAUCGCAAGAUGGGCGGCGUCAAGUGGGCGUGGAGUCUCGUUGUCACCUGCAUCAUGUUCGCCCUGCCUCUUUUUGUCAUUUGGUGCGUGCUCAACUCUCUCGCCCUCGUCUACAACUCGACCGCUGCGCUACCCUUUGGGACGGCCUUCCUUCUCUUCGCUUGCUGGUUCUUCGUCACACUGCCUCUCACCAUCGUCGGCGGGAUCUGGGGCAGACGCCGAGCCACGCGGCAGAUCGCUGGCGGCCACGCGUUCCCCUGCAAGACCAACAAGCUGGCCCGCGAGAUUCCUCGCGUGCGGUGGUACAACCAGCCGCUUCUCCAAACGGUUGUCAGCGGCGUCAUGCCGUUUAGCGGAAUUUACAUCGAGUUGCACUACCUCUUCAUGAGUGUCUGGUCUUCCAAUCGGAUCUACAGCUUCUACUUCUUCCUCCUCCUCGCCGGCGUUCUCCUCUUCGUCUCCGCAGCCGCAGUCAGCAUCCUCCUCACCUACAUGCACUUGAACUCGGAAGACCAUCGCUGGUGGUGGCGAUCGUUCCUCAGUGGAGGGAGCGUGAGCCUGUAUUUCUUCCUGCAUUGCGUGUACUACUUCUUCACGAGCACGCGCAUGCACGGGGUGCUUCAGACUGCCUUCUUCUUCGGUUACUCCUUAGCAGUCUCGUGGAUGCUCUUCCUCAUGGCCGGUUGCGUCACCUUCAGCGCGAACUUUUUGUUCGUCAAAUACAUCUACUCUCGCAUCAAAUCCGACUAG